AUGAACCGCAGAUCUAGGAAGAAUACCAGAUGGUUUGGACUGGGAGUAGACAGUUCAUCAGAUAGUGACUCGUCCAUCGGUGAUGAUUUUGAAAAUAGAGUUAUUAGACGCAAGAUUGGUGAGCCAAAAACAUAUAUUGCAGGUAUUGAAGCGCAUAUCCAGUUAGCGUGUGAAUCCAAGAUAUUUUGCGCUUGUAAAAGUACUGCUAAUGCAAUCAGAUCGUUCUCGGAUCCUAAUCACCUUGAUGCAUAUCAUACUGAUAGUUUAAAAAGAUGCAAAGAUUUGUUCAAGAAUGUUCAUGAUAUUCUCGAAACAGUGACUAAUUAUAUUCCCGAAGAAAUCGCUUAUAAACCAUUUCUCGAUCAUACCCGUCCUAUUAACCUAAAGGAGUACAUAAUGAUGUAUAAUAAGAGCAUGGGAACUAGAAAAAUACAAUCUGUUGAUUUAGAGGAAAACAAGAAAAUGUAUCUGGAGGAGAACAAGUAUAAAUGUCCAACAUGUACAGGUGAAGUUGGAUCAACUCCUCAUUUAUCUCCAGUAGCAAUACUUUAUGGUAUAGCGGCAUGCAAGUUGUUUGAUUGUAGAAUUAGUAAUACACUUUCCUUUGAUCGGAAAUCCUAUGAUUAUUUCGACCUUCCAAAAGGUUAUCAGGUGACUCAAACACGAAACCCAUUAGGCACCAAUGGAUCUCUGAAAUUAGGUAAUGGAAAAACAAUUAAAAUAAGGCAAGUUCAUCUUGAGGAGGAUACCGCAAAAAUAAGUGAAAAUGACGAUACACUUGAUUACAACAGAAGUGGUAUAGGUCUAGUGGAGGUGGUUACAGAGGCCGUUGAAAUGGCUGAAGCAGAGAUUCUAGAGACGUGUGCAAAAAUUUAUGAUAUUGCUGUAAAAGGUGGUUUAUCUAAUGGAAUUAUGCACCAAGGAAACGUACGAUUUGAUAUAAAUUUAUCACUAGGCUCAUCACAGACAAGAGUAGAGAUUAAAAAUUUGAACUCAUUUAGCAGGGCAAGACGAGCCAUAAGAUAUUUUCAACUUAAUGAUAUUGAAAAGUGUGAAAAUAACAGUAAAAACAAAACCGAAGAUACAAAAACUCUCGAACUAUUAAAAACCUUACUAAAUAAACUGCAAGAAGAUCCCCAGCUCCAUCCCAAGGAAAACCCCGCUUGUGGGAUGACUUUGGAAUGGAACCAGAAGGAAAAGAAACUAGAAGCAUCCAGAAAUAAAUAUGGAAAGGAGUCAUACAUUAAUUGCCCCGACCCAAAUAUACCUGUACUUUAUAUUGAAGAUGAUCUGAUAGACAGGAUAGAGGUAUCCAUUUGUGAUAAUCACACUAAUGUCAUAAAUGAAAACAUGGAAAAAUACUCUAAUGUACCCAUUCAAUUUCUAAAUGUCAUUAAUAAACACUAUACGUGGGUUGAAUAUUUUGAUAAAUUUGCAAGUAUAAUGGAGGAUCCUAAGAUUGCGGCAAAAUUUUUCGUAAACAUUCUAUUGCCAGCUAUAAACUCUAGCCCUGAAAUAGCCAUAAGUCCGCAUAAAUUUGCUGAUUUGUUGAAUUGUGUUGCCGAUAAUGUGCUCAACAUCGAUACAGUAAAACGCAUAUUGCCUGAUAUAAUCACAAAUUGGAACGGUAGCAUAAUGGAAUAUGUCGAAAAGCAUGAUCUUAGAUUAAUGGGAACAGAAGAAACCAUAGCUAUAGUAGAAAAAUAUCUCCAAGAAAGGUCGAUUGAUGCAGAAUCGUUAAGGUGA